AAAAAUAGCGUGAGAAAAAGAUAAACCAUAAGGUUUCCAGUAACAUGAAGGAAAUCGUUGAACGUGAUGUAACUUUUCGAGAGUUAUAAUACAUAUCUAAUGUAAGAUAUAUAAAGAACGAUGAAUUCUUAUCUCGAAUGGUGGGGGAAUGAAGAAGAUGAAAGAAUUGUAAGAACGAGUCAUCCAAUUCUUCUUGUCGCGUGUGAAUCAACGAUAUCAUCAAAGAAAUAAUAUGUAAGAUCACAUAGUUUGACAAGUGUGUUGUUUGAUUUGUUCAAAGUGAUGCUGGUAAUAGUAAUAGUAGUAGUGUUGAUAUUGGUAUUAUGUUGGUUAAUAGUGAUUGUGUUACCGAUCAACAAAAAUGGAUAUUACGAACCGCCGAUAUGGUAGGAAGCUGUUCAACAACUUCAGAAUCAUCAUUGUUGGAGAGCGCCACUUGCGUUAGGGUGUCACCUUCUAUCAAGGUCAACGUUAAGGUCUUACCUGAAUUUAAGGUCGAAUCCAACGUCGAAUUCUUACCCGAAUUUAAGGUCAACCCAAAACCCAACGUUGAGGUCAGGGUUUCUAAAACUUUUCAUAAACCAACUACUACUUACAUUGUCCGUCCUGUUGAAAGCUCUAUACGUCGUCACAUAUAUUAUAAUGACGCCAUUAGAUUUUCGAUUAAUAAUAAUCGAUUAUCCGAAUUUCAACUUCCCAUCGACAACAUGGAAGAUAAUUCCAAUCAAUUAAAUCCUACCGAUUUAAUAUACCAUGGUUUCUCUAGAUUGAUACGAUCUUUCAGGGCUCUACGAUCAAUCAAUCCUAGAAACCCAGAAGAACACCAUGGAACAUGGUUCUUCUCUGAUAUUUCCGGAAGAUGCUUGAAAAUGAUCAAUUGGUUUCCAAAAAUGUGUUCCUGUCUCGACAGCAGGUCGACAGCGACCGGUGGCCGAUCUGCAACUCGUGAAAGAACAUACGAACGACUUAGUUCUGCACCUACAAUUUUUGAAAUCAGCAGGAUGAUGCAGAGAGCUCGAAGAAGAGUUACUAGUCAAAGCGAAGAAUUAGAAGUUUUAGAUCAAGAAAAACAGGAAGAACUAAGAUUUUACAACGACGACGAAACAUGGACUGCAGUUGUCGUGGAAAAAAAUUUACGUUGCAUCGACUUAUGCGAACUUCUUAAAGUUAAAAAGAACGUAUCCGGAAUUGCUUGGUCUAUCGUUGAAACCUGGCCUGAAUUAGGAUUUGAACGAACAUUGGAAGACCACGAGGAUAUAUUGGCAAUUCACAGGGAAAUGGAAACGUUUGCGCCACAUCACGAAAGAAAAUUUUACUUUCGUCAGGACUUUCUUAAAUACGAGUUCUUCAUUAAGCCAAAGCAAUUUUUCCCUGCAGAAAUGGUUGCCUUUCCUAACGUUGAGGAUAUUGGAACCUUCGCAGAAGUGGAAAGUGCCUUAAGGGCUUACCUGUCCCGCGAUAACGGCGAGUGCCCGCAGGUGUACAGUCCGGUCUGGAUGAAGGACGGGAGCUCGACAACUUGGAAAAAGCUGUAUAUGCUGUUACGAGACCGGAAACUCUACACGAUGAAGAAGGAAACCGAUUUGCUGAACCCAAUUGCUCGGCUUUCGGACUAUCACAUAUACAGAAUUCCGAACGCAAAGAAAUACUUUAACGCCCCAUUCGAGUGGGGCGCCUGUCUUAGGCCUAGUAGCAACGCUGAGGCCGAAGACACGGAAACUGGUGAGCACGGGCUCAAGGUCAUCGCCUUUAACAGCGAAAAGGCACGGGCUUGUUGGCUUACAGCCAUGAGGCUCGCCAAGUACGGAAAACAGCUAAGGGAGAACUAUAGGGCCUUCAAAAAUAAGCAGUGUGAACAACCAUCAGGAAGCCCUAAAGAUCAAUUCGGGAAUUACAACGUCACCAACGAAUCGGUGAGAUCCCGUGUUGCGAUGGACUUCACCGGUAGUGUUGGAAGGAUAGUUGAAGAUCCAAAGGAAGCAAAGGACAUAGCCGAGAGCGAAGGUAUAAUCUGGCGACGAAGAUGGAGGCCUUUUUCACGUACACCAUCAGGCUGUGCAAUGGUCAGGCUUCAUGGUCUCGAUGGUGGUAUACACGUUCUCCAACCUUGGUUUCAUGGUGGCCUCAAAAGGGAUAUCGCGGCUGCCAUUAUUAGGGAUCAUGGCUCGGUCGAUGGAGUCUUCCUGGUUAGAGAGAGCAAAAGCAAUCCUGGGGCCUACGUCUUGACUUACAAGUACAGCGACAAGGUCUUUCACGCUCAGAUUCAACCGGUAUACGACGAAAGACGCAACUGUUGGCUCUACACGUUAGACAAGGGGGCUACGAAAUUUUACGAUCUCUUACAACUGGUCGAAUUUUAUCAAUUGAAUUCGGGUUCUCUGCCAACUCGUCUAACCCAUUACGUUCAAACUGGUGUACCAACACCAAUACCAAGGCCCGAAGAUGGAGGUGCAUCACCGUCACCUGCUGAUGCCAGUCAAAGAUUCAGUGUCAAGACAGAAUCAGCGAGUAUUUGAGUAUAGGAGAACCAGCGACCCGUUGCUGUAAACGUCGAACAUGUACCAUCAUCAACUGCAUCUAAUAGAAUCG